CAUUUAUUUCCUUCUAUCUUGGCCUUGAAAUUGCUUUUUCUUCAAAGAAAUAUAUAAAAUUAAUAACAGAGAAGACUUUAAACACAUUUUGAUAAGAAUUCUGAGUAAAAUGCUUCGGGCAGGAUUGUACGAAUUGAACGUCAUGUCAUGCCAGGUUGACCUUAGCAUGGAGCUGCCUCCAAAAGAACGGUUCAUGAACGACGCUUUGCAGUAUGCUGUACAAACUAAUAACAUUGAGAGGGUGGAAAUGCUGCUCAACCAAGGUGUGGACAUCACUUGGAAAUGUCAAGUGUCUGAACUGUCUCCUCUGCAGAGUGCUUUGAAGCUGGAACAUAUAAAGAUCUUCAAACUUUUACUCGAUCAUGGAGCCAAUGCAGUUGAGUUCUUCUUCUGGAUGGUCGACUUGGACGCCAAAGAUAUCGCUAUUUUGAAAGUUGUUCAGAACCACCCUGAAAUUCUGACAUAUCUUUUCGAACAUGAUGUUUUACCUGGAACAAAUGCCUACUGGCAAGAAUGGGCUGCUUUUGUGGACGUACUGACACACUUGAGCUCCAAUUCUACAGUCGACCUUGAAAAACUUUACAAAGUGCUUUUAAGUUGUGUGAUGGUGUGUCCAAGUCAAAAUGAGAAAUCAGUUGAGUUACAGGGCCAUCAGUUUGUUAAGUGUACUCACUUGGACUUGCGUCUGGUGCUGCUGUUUAAUGCAAUAGAAAGCAAAUCUGUGUCAUGUGUGAAUUUGUUGCUCCAGCAUGGAGUCCCUGUAAAUAUCCUUGGUCCUGAUAUGAAAAAUGGUUGCCUGUAUGACGAAACACCAUUGCAUCGUGCAUGUCGUUAUGACAGCAUUGAGAUAGUCAAAGUGCUCUUGAAAAAUGGAGCAAAAUUUGUGUGUUGUGAGGAGGCAUUGACUCCACUGGAUGUUGCCUACAAUGAGCUUUCUGUUGAAAUUAUGUGGCUGUUUGUAGCAAAUGGGUAUACAUCAGAAAGCAUCAAGAGUUAUAAACUGAAUGUAGCUUGUCUACUCCAGGAAGUUGAUCUAGUCAGGGAGUUGAUUGAUGAUGGCGCUGAUGUCAACAAGUUUGAUCACAAAGGAAGGAUGCCCCUUAUCAUGGCAAUCUAUGUCAAGAACAUGGCGUUAUUCAAGUUGCUUUUGAAGGCUGGUGCUUUGCCAUACAUGCCAUGUUUUCACAAGCCUAAUCCAUGCACCGGUCUGCACUGUCCAGCAAAUUCAGUUCGCCGUGCAGUUGAGUACAAGAAUGCAGAGGCCCUGGACUGCCUGCUGGACAUCUUGUGUGAGGACAUACCGCUGACAAAGCGCUUCUCGGAUUCUAGUCGUCUUCUGGUCAAUGCCAUAACAUCAGGAGACUACAAAACCUUUGAUGUUUUGAUGAAACGUGGAGCUGACUGCGUAUCGAGAGUUUAUGAUGGCUUCGCACCGAUUCAUAUUGCCGCACAUGAGGGGGACGUGUCGAUGUUGAAGGCGUUGGUGGAGAGAGGUGUCUGCGUCAAUGAUAAUGCUGCUACCAAGAAGCAUGUCCAUGUUCGUGAUGAAAGGUGUGAAAAGAAAGAGAAGUAUUGCUGUAUCGAUUUUGAGGAGGUAGACCACAGACCUCUGUUUCUCACCAAAAGCGCUGAAUGCAUACGCUUCCUGUUGGAAAAGGGUGCUGAUAUCCACAGUGUCGGUUGUGAGGGUUAUCUUCGUGAUGUCUUGGCAGAGGAUGGAAAAUUUCUUGACGAAUUGACACCACGUCAUCGUGCAAGGAUACUAACUACGUACUGAGACAAAAUUGGGCCAGGAACCGACGGAAUAAAAACUGUGGAACCUUGUCCCCCAUAUGUCAAAAUCAUAGAAACUGGGAGUCUGGCAGCCAUGAAGGCCUAUUUCAGUUCUCAGCGUGAAAAGCUAUGCCAAACUCCAUUGAUGUUCGAGACAGCUUGUCGUGCUGGCAAAUAUGAACAUGUUCGCUACCUCAUCUCUCAGACUCCAUCCUGGCUGCGCAUGCUCCAUACCCUUCAUCUGAUGUUUACAAAACCGUCAUUUGAAUCGCACUUUCAAUCGAUACUGUUGAACGAACAGUGCGAUUGGAUAAAAGAAGGCAGAGCCAAGGAAGACCCAAUUUGCUACAUCAAGAUGGUGGGAAUGCUGCUUGACCUGGGCUGCACCUUUGACUUCAGAUUCUGGGAUGAAGAAAAUAUUGAUGUCGAAGAAGACAAUUUGCCAAAUUUUGAAGGAGAUGUCAACAAUUAUGAUUUGUCGCAUUGUGAGGACAAGAAAGAAGAACACCACGAAGGGGACAGGGAAGGCGAGUUGUCAAAUUGUGUGGGAGAAAUCAACAAUAAUUUGUCCUCUUGUGAGGACAAGAAUGAAGAACAUCAUGAAGAGGAGCAAGACAGUGAGUUGUCAAAUU